ACUGCUGUUUGAAGCUGUCAAAGUCUAGGACAGUCAUGGCACUAUCUCCAGAAGAGCUCGCUAAGGUUUGUCAUGAGCCAGAUGAGUCCACAAAUGACUUCAUCAUGCAACAGACAAUGUAUAGAAUCAAAGACCCAAGGCGCUCAUUAGAGUUUUAUACCAAUGUCUUGGGAAUGAGGUUACUGGAAAAGUUUGAUUUCCCUGCUAUGGAAUUUUCGCUUUACUUCAUGGGCUAUGAGAAAGCAGAGGACAGGCCUGCUGAUCGCAAGGAGAGGAUACAGUGGCUUUUCACUCGACCGGCCACUAUUGAACUCACACAUAACUGGGGAACGGAGAACAAGGAAGGAGAGCCCUACCAUAACGGCAAUAAAGAUCCACGUGGAUUUGGUCACAUAGGCCUUAAUGUUCCUGAUGUGUACAAGGCAUGCGAGAGGUUUGAAAAGCUGGGAGUGAAGUUUGUCAAGACUCCUGAUGGAGGCAAGAUGAAGGGGCUGGCCUUUAUUCAGGAUCCAGAUGGCUACUGGAUCGAGAUUCUGAGUGCCAUACAGAUGUCCGAGGACAUGUCAAAAUAAGCUGUUUGUGCAUUAAACAUGCUUUGUGUACCCAUAUCAGCACAUGUCAUAUAAUACACUUUACCCUCUGAAUAGACAACAGAAAAGGAGCCCACUUGAUGCUGGUCAUUUACCGAAAAGUGUGCUACAUUUAAUGGUGACUGGAAAUACAAUCAAUAUCUGGUGCAUUGACUGAGUCUGUGAUUGCUGCUAUAUGCUUCCAUAAUUAAUUAUUCUACCCAAUCAGUCUGAUAGAUUUUUGGUUUAGUUACUUUUUCCCUGCUAUGGAUAUUUAAUCAGUUUUCAUUUCAGUAUAAUAAAUAUGUUUUUAUUUCUAUGGCUUAUUUUUUACCUGUAUUUAUGUCUGAAAAUAGCUCAUUGAGCUAAUGUUUCUUGUUAGCAUAUACCUGACUAAAUAAAGAUCCUUGUAUCUUGUA